AUGCCUCGUCAACGCCGUGGUGCCGCUCCUACCCCUGCGCGCAGCGCUCCCACCCGCCCUACUGCCGCUCCUGCUCAACCGGCUCAUGCUCCAUACGGCCAGCAGCACAGCCAGCCUCACUCGACUGCUGCCCACCCCCCUGCUGCCCCUCAGCAGGCUCCUCCCGCUCCCGCUCCUGUCCAGCAGAGCUCUGGACCCGGCCUCUUCGGCCAGAUGGCUUCCACCGCUGCUGGUGUAGCUGUCGGUUCCUCCAUCGGACACGCCAUCGGUGGUUUCUUCAGCGGCGGCGGCUCCAGCGCUCCGGCUGAGACCCAGCAGGCCCCUCCCGCUCAGUCUCAGGGUAUGGACAGUGGACUGUGGCAGAGCAACGCCGCCAACAGCUCCUGGGAGAACCCUGCUUGCGAGGCUGAUGUUCGCAGCUUCCGCAAGUGCAUGGAUGAAAACCAGGGCAACAUGUCCAUCUGCGGAUGGUACCUUGACCAGCUGAAAGCCUGUCAGGCCGCAGCUAAGCAGUACUAAGCGAUCGAACUGGGUACUUGUCUCAUGUAUACUGUUUUUUUUUUCUUACGUUUUUUUUUUUUUUUUUU